UCUCUCCACUGCGGUGCAGGCUGCGUGCGGAGAUACGGCUCAAUUGGUGGCGCAUGCGCAAGCUGUGCGCGUGCGCGGCAGCACCGUGCCGGACCGCGGAGUGGGGCUGGUGUUGGCAUGGCGGAGGCGCGGCCCGGUUCAGGUACAUUGAAUUUCAGCCCUACUGCUGCUGAUUCCAUUCCUGGAGAAGGACAACCGACAGAUAUAAACUGGGUAAAUAAAGAUAGGAAAGACUCAAAUAGUAAUCAGACUAGAAGUAAUAUACCAAUUCCUAGUCUGUAUUCUGAAAGAGGUUCUGAAAGAGAUUAUGAAAGCUCUUCCACAAAGCAUCAUGGCUUUUGUAAUCUGGAAAGUCAGUAUGGGAAUUCUGAAGACUUUCACCAAUAUUUUGGUACCAAUAAAAGCUUGAAGAAUCGCAGCUUGCAAAGCCAGAGAUUGCACAGAUUAAGAAAUGAUAGCACAUGUGCUAGAAAUAAGACAAGGCAAAGUACUACUGAUACUGCUGCAGGUCCAGGAAUUUCAGAUGCUGCACUAGUAUCUGGUAGAAGAGCACCUCCUAGAGGAUACAGUGAUUUUCUCUCCUCAGAGAGUGACAGGGAAGUUCCUAAUGCGGAUAGCAGAGGGGCAAAGCCAAAGAAAACACAUCUGAUACAUAUAUCUGGGAGAGGUUUCAGAGAAAAGGGAAAGCAGAUGCAUGACCGUGAAAAGCGAGUGAGCUCUAAACAGAAAGUAGAGCUGUUUGAAAAUUUUCCAUCGUUGGAUUUGACACCAUCUGACUCUUCAGAAUCAUCAGUUGGAAAGGCAUUCUGUGAUGCACCUUUUGGAAGUGGGGAUGAACAAAAAGGCUACAAUAAUGUGAACAAAAGAUAUCCCCGGAAGCCUGUGUGGAAUAAACCCCCAGCAGAAAAGGAGUGUCAGAAAAGACAUGAUUCUCACCGUAGUAAAAAUACAAAAGUAGGUAAGAAGUCUUCUGUUGCAUAUAUUCCAAAAGAUAAAAAUGAAAGGAAGAAAGAACUCAUUGCUCACAAAAAUGAUGAAAACUUGACCAGUGAAAUCAGACAUCAGUUUUCUGAGUCUCUCAGGUUCAGUGGAAGAAAGUUCCUGCUAAAGGGAGAUCAAGUACCUUCACUUCAUUUCAGCUGGACCCAGUACUGGAAGAAGCAAAGUGAUGUACCAAAAAACAAAGAAACUCAUACAGGGUCAUUGAUUGAACAGCUGACCACAGAGAAGUAUGAGUGCAUGGUAUGCUGUGAGGUAGUCCGAAUAGUAGCCCCAGUGUGGAGCUGUCAGAAUUGUUACCAUGUAUUCCACCUGAAUUGCAUCAAGAAAUGGGCACGAUCACCAGCUUCACAAGCUGAAGAUGGCAAUAGCGGUUGGAGAUGUCCAGCUUGUCAGAAUGCUUCUGUGCAAGUUCCUAAAACAUACACUUGUUUCUGUGGUAAGGUGCACAAUCCUGAAUGGAAUAGGAAUGAAAUCCCACAUAGCUGUGGGGAGCUUUGUGGAAAGAAGAGGCAGUGUUUGGACUGUCCACAUCUUUGCAACAUUCUGUGCCACCCAGGACCGUGCCCCUCGUGCCCAGCCUUUGUGACAAAAACAUGUGAAUGUGGACAAACAAAUCAUUCAGUUCGCUGUGGUCAAUCAACAAAAAUUCAUUGUUCUAAUGUAUGUGGAAAUACUUUAAAUUGUGGAAAGCACAGCUGUACUCAAGUGUGCCACUCAGGAAAAUGUUCACCUUGCCAGUUAACAGUACAGCAAGUGUGUUACUGUGGAAGCAACUUUAAAGAAGUAUUGUGUGGAUCAAAGGAAGAAUUCUCUGAUGGUUUUGGGAGUUUCUCAUGUCAGAAUAUAUGUGGCAAAAAAUUAAAUUGUGGGAGGCACAACUGUAAGCAAAUAUGCCAUCCUCAGCCUUGCCAGCUCUGUCCACGACUUCCACAAGUUGUGUAUCGUUGUCCCUGUGGUCAGACUCCUCUCAGCAAGUUACUGGAACUAGGAUGUGUUGAACGUAAAAUUUGCACAGAUCCUAUCCCAUCUUGUGGAAAGACAUGUGGCAAACCUCUUUCUUGUGGUAGCUAUGAGUUCAUUCAUACGUGUGAAAGCCUUUGCCACGAAGGAGACUGUAGACCAUGUUCUCACACAUCAAAUAUUUUUUGUAGGUGUGGCUUCAAAAAAAAGGAAAUCCCAUGUGCUCUUCUCAGAAAUAAAGCUGCUAUUACAUUCAUGUGUGACAAGCGAUGCAACAAGAAGAGAUCAUGUGGACGACACAAGUGUAACGAAGUUUGCUGUGUGGACACAGAACAUAAGUGCUCUUUGGUUUGUGGUCGUAAACUCAACUGUGGGCUUCAUAGAUGUGAAGAACCCUGCCAUCGCGGCAGUUGUCAAACAUGCUGGCAAACAAGUUUUGACGAGUUAACUUGUUAUUGUGGUGAAUCUGUGAUUUACCCCCCUGUUCCCUGUGGCACUCAGCCACCAGAGUGUAAAAAAACAUGCACCAGGCCACAUGACUGUGAUCAUCCAGUGUACCAUUCAUGUCAUAGUGAGGAAAAAUGUCCCCCCUGUACCUAUCUCACUCAGAAAUGGUGUAUGGGCAAGCAUGAACUGCGAAGUAAUAUUCCUUGUCAUCUCACUGACAUUUCCUGUGGACUUCGCUGCAAUCAAAUGUUAAAAUGUGGAAUGCACAAAUGUAAAAGAAUUUGUCAUAAAGGAGAAUGUCUUAUAGAUGAAGAAUGUAAACAGCCAUGUAUUAUUCCAAGGCUAUAUUGUAAUCAUCCAUGUAUGGCUCCAUGUCAUCCUUCUUCACACUGCCCGACAACAUCCUGCAGUGCAAAGGUUGAUCUUCAGUGUGAAUGUGGAAGAAGAAAGGAGAGUAUGAUAUGCUCCGAAGCAUCUAAUACAUAUCAAAGAAUAGCUGCUAUAUCUAUAGCAACUAAGCUAACAGAUCUACAGCUUGGGGAUUCAGUGGAAAUCAGUAGGCUUAUUACAAAAAAAGAAAUGAAGCAAGCCAGGUUGCAGUGUGACGAAGAAUGCUUAGCUAUUCAGAGGAACAGGCGCCUUGCUGAAGCUCUUGAAAUAGAUGAUAAUUCUGAUCCUUUUAAAAUUCGUUCUUCUGGACCAAAGUACAGUGACCUUUUAAAAGAAGAUGCAAGGAAGGAUAUGAAAUUUGUCAGUGACAUUGAGAAGGAAAUGAGAAUGCUUGUGGAAGCUGUGAAUAAGAGGGAAAUCCAUUUGUCCAAGCAAUACCUUAACUUCUGUGCUAGAUAAAGAAAUGCAGAGCAGGCCUGCACCUCCUCUUCUUCAUUACAAACAAACAGAUAAGUAAGGAGUUUGGAUUUAAAACCUUAUUCUUCAAUUUUGUGCUGAGUUCCCCAAGGAACAUAUUCCUGAGCUUCAACUUUAUAUGCCCUGUUUCUGCUUUUUUCCCUUUUUUCUGCUUUGGAGCUUGCAGUAUGCACUAAGGUGUUCUUUCCACAGAAGUAAGCAUGAAAUGAAGUGAUAAGAAAACGUGAGAUUGGCUGUGUGGUAUAGGGGUAGUAGUAUAACAAAUAUUAUUGGGUUUUACAAUUAUUUUUAAUAAAUAUUAGAUAGUUGGGAAGAGAGUGCUGUUUUGGAGGUUUGGGAUUUUUUUUUCUUUUACCUUUAACCAAUGUCUUACUGGCAUAAAAUUAUUUAUUUGGACUGGUACUAAAUGUAUUUUUGUUGUGUAUAUAUGACUACACAGUUGAUUAAAGGUGAACUACAAUUUUUUUCAAAUAGUGAGAAUUACUGAAUAUGGGAUAUAUAAGGCAUCUUGGUGAAUAGUCUUAAAAGGGCAGUCUUUAUGUUGUAUGACCCGCCAGCUUCAGAUACUUGUAGUUAUCUCAUAGUUAUGAUUUUUUUUUUUUAAUGGGUGGCCUAUUAUUUGUUCGGGUUUACCUUUUAGAAGUGUUUCCCUCCCAAAUUUUUCACAGAUGAGCAUCUGAAGUUAUGUUCAACUACCUUUUGCAGAAAGGGACUGCUUAAUGUUGCAGUAACUACUGUUGGUAGGUGCUUGUUGGAAUACCAAGUAGGCUGUUCUGAAAAAAUUGAAAUUGUUUCAGAGCUAAGCAUCUAAAGCAAGACAUAUUUCUAGAAGGAUUGCUUAAGAUGUAACUCAGUAUCAGUUUUUAUUAGGUUGGUACUGUCUGUUUCCAGUUAUGUGCCGAUUCCUAUCUUCAGUGACCCUAAUUAAUGCUAAGGAGUUAUGUAGCAAAAUUUAAAAAAAUAAAGGGUCUUAGUCAUUUAUUUUUCAUUACUAGAAGUAAAGUUUCUUCAGAAAUUCCUAAUUCUACAAAAUCUUUUGGAAGAUCUCAUGCUGUCUUACUGAAAAAAAUCUUUGCAGUGUUUGGAUUUGCUAUGACCAUAUAUUUUUUGUUACUCUUGCUUUUGAAAGUAAGCAGGUUUGAUCAUCAGCUCACUUUAACAGUAUUUAUUUUGCUGUUUCCUUUAAAAAGGCAUUUUGAACAUUUAGUCUUCAGUACAGUAUCAUUUUUGUAAUAAAUAUUACUGGUAAAUUACAUUUUCUGGUAAAACCCCAAAAGGAAUUUUAUCCAUUCAGACACAUGUUGAUGUACAUUAAUUUAAUCAGUCAUAAGUUUUUGUCAAAAUUCAAUUAACAAAGGCUUUCUGGAGCAUUAAGGUACUUUGAAUAAAACUUAGUUUAGAAGUGCAUGCUAUUGACCAAUGCAGUGUGUGUGUGUGCACACUGAGAUAUUAUGGGAGUUUGUGAUUCAGUUUACUUUGUAUCUUUUUUUUCAUGCAUGUAAUAACUAAUAUUCUUGUAAUUUCAGGACUAGUGGAAACAGUGGUUUAUCCAAACCAUUAAAGGAAGAGCCAGUAAUUGACUACUUUGAUGUCCAGGACUGAAGUGAUUGAUGUAGAAUCAUUCAGAUGAAUAAGAAUCACAUAGAUUAAGAUACAGAAGCUUAGAGGUGAAAAUACUAAGUUACUGUGUGAGGUGCUUUUUGAUUAUCUGUCAAAUGACCAGUUGUUCAGCAUAUUCAUAUUUUAACAUCUAACGUUAGUUAGAUAUGCUAGUUUAAAAAGUUAAGCAUUUCAACAGUUUAUGUAACUGCAUAAUACCUAAUAGUAAUAUGGGUUUAUUAAUUCUGGGUUUGGUGCAAUUUUGUAUCUAAUGUGCAGUCAGAAUAAUUUAGAUUUUCAUUGAUGACUUUGAAGCAAGAGAACUGGUGGUAAGCAGGUAUAUUUUUGGAAUAUUAAGAACGGCAGUAAAUCUCAAAUAUUUAUUUUGACGUAUCACACACAACUUAAAAAGGACUAGAAAUAAUCUGUGAUAAAAACACUGGUUGGGAUAUUCUUAAAGUAUUUAAAUGUUAUAUUAAUUCACUUUUGUGUAUUGUGGUAAAUUUGAGAAUUUGAGUUAUUCUUCUACAUGGAAAGAAAUACAAAAUUUAAGUAAAAAUAUACACAUAAAUGCCUAUUAAGAACACAGAAUUGCUUUGGAAUCUGAAGAACCAGUAUUUGGGGAAGGUGGGGAAUUAAAACUUACUCUAAUUUAUCUCAAAAUUGAUGUGUUUAAAAAGAAAAACAAGCAAAAACAAUGAAAAAAAACCCAAAUCAAAACCAACAAAACCAGCCCCACAACAUGACAUUACUACUACUACUUUUUUUAUUCAAGACCUUGAACAAAAUCAGACUUCAUAUAUUAUUUUGGUGUUUUGUGCAUGGCUUUAUUGUGGUUUAUGUUUUUUUCUGUGCUGUGCAAGCAUAAGAUGAAUAUGUGAAGUUUGGUUUAAGUAUGUUAUGAAUUUGGAAUAGUACUUGUAAAAUUUUUAAGUCCAUCUGCCUAAGCUAUUUGGCAAUGGCAAAAACUUUGUUUUAUGAGAAAUGCCAUUAACAAAAUGGGAUGACAGUUCAAACACUGAAAGACGCCUGAGUGGUCUCAUGAUGGUGAGUAUUUCCAGAUCUUGAUUUAAGAUAGGUGAGUAGCUCUCUGGGAGGGGAGAUUAUAGGUCUGAUCAGAAGAGGUGGUCCAGCUCUGAAUUGGAGUCAUAUCUAUUCUCCUGAGGAGAGAGAAGGUUUUUUGUAUUACUAGCUUUAGGAACUCUGAUGCACUCUGAUUCUUGUUCCUUGUGGCUGCUACAUGUAAUACUUGAGGUGAGUCCCUUAUACAGCAUAGGAGGCUGAUGAUAAAAAGGGGCUCACUACAUUGUAGUGUGAGAUUUGUUGCCAAAAAAUUGAAGGCAUUUACUCAUGCUUAGAUUCACUUAAGAGUUAUCAUAUGACCCUGAGCCUUAACUAUGAAGCAUUCCAUGGCUACAUUUCAAUUGAACAGUUCAUGAAACAUGGAAGAACAAGUAGAAAACUCACAAACCAUAUCUGUACCCCCAAAUGUUUUUAAAAUAAAAUGCCUGCUAUUCUUGUAUAUUUUUGUAGGAAUUUAUUAUUUCGCAUUUUUAAAAAUGCAGUCUUAAAUGGCACUAAACAUUUGAAGUGUUUCAAGUAAAACAGGUACCUUCAAGAGUGUUCAAGCUUUAAAUUUGUAUGUAGUGAUUUAAAUUUGUUUUACUUUUUUUGUCUAAUACUUUGUGAACAGAAAUGAAAAUUUAAUCACCAUGUCUUACAUUGCCCUUAAUUUCUUAAACAAAUUAUGGUUUGAUUCUACAAGGUGUAUUGCUAAGUUCAGCUAAAGAAUAAGUUACUUCCAGGAAUGUAUUUCUUCAAUCCCUUCCACGUGAGGACUGUAUCUGUCCCAGUGCUUGCAGACAAGUGCUGUCUCAAUGUGGCCAAACAAAGGCUAUUCCUGGUUUUGAAACUCAGACCUAUGUUGAUAUAGCACUGACUUAAAGCUAGUGAGACCUCUAUUAAGAAUGUAUGUAGAUACACUGCAAAGGUAGGUUCUAGACAGGAGCAUGUCCAGUGAACUGAGUCAGAUGCAUGUAUACUGGAGCACACACAGUUGGUUUAAUAUAGGUAGACCUAACAUUACAGAAAAUCAAAGUGGUUUAGUUGAUAAUAAAUAGAAUAAAGCUGAAGCCUACUAACUAUUCACAGCUUCACAUGAAUAUAGCCAAAACCGUCACAUUUGUGCCUCUGAUUUGAAAUUUAAAACCUAAAAGGUUUUUGUAGUAUUAUUUUCAGCUCUGUUUAGUGGAAUUUUUAUCAGAUUAUGGCAUUAACAUAAAAGUUCAACAGCUUUGGUGAGACACACUUCAGCAGUCAAUUUGCCACUGCUUGUAAUUAGAAAAUGGAAGUAAUCUCCGUUUCUGAAGCUAAGAUUAGUAAUUAUUACUGAAUGUGUUCAUACUGAGAAGUCAUACUUCUUAUCACUUGCCUCUUAACUAUGUGAAUGUUAAAACAUUUUUAUAGAUUGGUAUGUUUCACAUCUCUAAAUCAUGUCUGUGGAAUCCAUACGUGUAGUAAUGAAGCAAUUCACAAGUACCAAAUUUUUUUUUAAAUUCAUUUUAGUAACUUGGUUAAAAAUAUGAUACUAUAUGUUUAUCUGUGAAAGUAAUUUUCCUCUGGAGCUCAGCUACAUAGUCUUAAGAAGGAAUUCAGCAAAGACUAACAGUGGUGCUGUUUCUGUUUUGUUUUGCUGCAAUGUAUCAGUGACUUUCAUAUGGAAUAUGGAAUAGUAAAAAAGGCUGGAAAUUUGAUAUAUGUGAUAACUUAUCUACAUAUUGCACGUGUGCCUUGUGGAAAUACUUUUCAAAUAGCUAUUUUUUAAAUCUGAGCUGGCAUUUACACCUUUUAUGUAGUAGAAGAAUAAGUAGAUAAAAGAAAUCUUUGCAUCAGUGAAGGCAGUGGCAAAAAUCAUGGUGACAUCACUGUAACUUAUGACUUCAGCUUCAGUAUGCUAGCAAUUUUCCACAGCCCUAAGAAUAAUAUUGUCUCCUGUAAAUAUAUUUGAAGAAAGUACUUCUCAGUAAGCAUCUUUUGAAAUAAGUUAUGUGAUACCAGUUGGAAUUCCUGCAACUUCAGGAAGUGCUUUUAAAAUUGUGUUUAAAAUAGGCAGAUAGUUUGGCAUUUGGGCUGUGCUGUUACCUGUCUGUCUAGCUUAACAUAUUUAAAGUGCUCUGAAUAUACAGUAUUUGGGUUUAACAUAAAAUUGUAUAAGAUACAUAAGUAACCUUCAAGAUCACUUGUUUCUGUGGCAGUUUUUACAGUAUCUGCCUCAAAAUGAGCAAAGUAAAGUUUUUCUACAACACUUGUCAUUUGUUGAAAGAUCUAUAUUUAACUUAAUUUUGUCAAGUUACUGAUGUAAAAUUACUUUCUUUACAAACCCAAAAUAAAUCUAAAUUUAAAGUUCAGUGCUUUGGAAUUGUUUGCAAACUUCAUCUUGGUAUUCAAGAGUUGGAAGACUGAGACAUCACAGAGAAACAAGUAUAAAAACUUAAAUGGACAUUUGGGAAGUUCCUUUUCUUUGAAUUUUUAAAUAAAGUAUGUGGUUUCCUGGAUUUGAAGUGAUUUUUAAAUGAAUGCUGUGGGGAGAAUGAAGCAAGUAAAGAGGGCUCCCCAGAAAAUGGAGAGUAUGCUGCCUUCUUGGAAUUCAGAGCUACAGGAGAGAUGAUUCUGGAUAGAAAUGUGCAUUUUGGUUAUAUGAAAAAUCCUUUAUUAUGUCAGCCUAAAUGCUACUUGGCAAUAAAAUAUAUUAUUUUAA